UUGUCCAGUGGAAUUGUAACACAUAAUGCUCUGCAGAUGUUGGACGAUGAGAAGGAUGAAGACAUAGACGGUUGCGUCUGUUAUAUGAGGAAAUGUCUUGGACUCCCAUGCAGACAUGAAAUUCGUGCAAAGGUGAAUGCACGACGUGGUGUGUUUUAUGCAGAGGAUGUCCACAUUUUUUGGAGGACAUUUAUUUCGGGAUUCGGGGAUUCCCUAGAUGAAAGUGUUGGUUCUGUUCCCGACCACAGGUCACAGGCUAUUGGCAGGCUAGAAGGGUUAAUGAAUGAUUUGCGUGAGCGGUCAGAAAUUGAGAUCAUGGACGUGACAGAUGUCAUUUUUGAACGAAUGCAUCCCGGGGCUAUGGAAAUGAAUGAGCCACCAGUACUAGACUGCCCGAGAGGUAGACCACGGAAGAACUCUACACAGAGGGAUCGGCCAGGGCAUGAGUUUCCAUUAUAUCCGGGAGAAGGUGAAGAGUCUGGACGAGGACGAUCACGAGGCAACAGAGGGCGUGGUUCAUCUUCUGAGAGAUCUAGCCGUGGUCGUGCUCGUUCAUCGACCGUGAGUGGACCCGCAAUAGGUCAAAUUCCCCGACCCCCUUGGAUGCGACAACUUCAUUUCUGCCUUGUUCCGGAGGUUGUGACGUGGACGGACGUUCAAGGGGAUGGUAAUUGUGGUUAUCGAAGCGUCGCGUGUGCAGUGAAGAACCACGAGGAUGAUUGGAUGGAUGUUAGAAUGGAUGUUUAUAACUGUAUUAAAACACACGAAGAGUUCUUUAAGGAUUAUUUCGGUGGUGGUAAUUUAGCGUAUCGGGUGUUGGCGAGUGUCGCUUAUUGGGACAACGCCCCAGCACCCUAUGAGAAGUGGAUGACUAUCACGGACGUGGGCGUGGUUGUGGGCGUCGGCCUUAUCCAUCCAAACGUUAGGGCGAAUUCCACUAACUCGCAAACCCAUGAUGAAAUGCACGUCGUGGAGGGUAAUUGUCAUCUCACCGAAUGGCAUGUGAAAACUGUUGGUGUCUGGCUGCCACCUCUCAAUAAAAGCCUCUAUUAGUGGGUUAUUGUGCUGAGGCAGCGAACAAUCACGCAAGUGAUACAAGCCCGUACUCUCCAGUAGUGAGACACAAUCAUCGUCGUCGGGGCCCGGCCAAGUACACUUCGCGUGCGACCGUAAUUUAACCAUAUGUCGACCCUGUUAAAGAUAUAUUCAUAUAUAAGUAUACCACAAUCAAGUGUAAAUAUUAUAAACAAAAUUUAUUAAUAUUAAUAAGUAUUACCUUUCCCUCCCAAAUGUCGUAGGCAAUAUGUGCUCCAAAACUCGGAAU